AUGGCCUCCACUGUGAGUCUUCUUUCUGAGAAGCACUUCUUGUGUACUUUGUGCCGAAAAAUCUUCACCAACCCUGUGACCAUACCAUGUGGGCACAGUUUCUGCUUGUCCUGCCUGAGUCACUUCUGGUCCAAACAUACGUCCCGAUACUGUCCCCAAUGUAAAAGACUGUUCACCGAGCGCCCCAAUCUCAGCAUUAAUCACGUUUUAGCCGAUGUGUCUGAAAAAUACAGUAAGACAAGACCUGUGAAAGAACCCACAGAAGACACUGUGGUCUUUGACAUUGAGCAAAUGGUUCAAGAAAGGCUGCAGAAGAUCGAAAGAUUAAAAAAUUCUCUGGAACAACAAAAGCACUCAUACCUCAGAGAAGUUCGUGAGAGCCAGAAAACCUUCUCUGCCCUGGUCAGUGCAAUGGAGAAGAGCCACAAAGCCGUGGUCACAGCGAUUGAAGACAGGCAGCGGGAGGAGGAGAAGAGAGUGGACAAACUCAUAAAGGAACUAGAACAAGAGAUUCAGAGGCUGAGCAAAGACACUGCUGAAGCUGAGCCAACAACGUCUGCCAAUGAGAGUGAGGAGCCGAACGACGUGACAGAACAAAUCAAAGUGACUGUUCCUCCCCCAGCCUGUCCAGUAGAAAGGAAGGACUGGACCAGGUUAACUGUGGAACACGAUCCCUGUAUUGGGGUGACUAGACGAGCAUUGUCCGAAAUGGUGGAAAAAAUAAAGACAGAAGUCAAUAGACUGUCUAAAUCUGAGCAAAAAAGAAUUGAGAAAUAUACAGUGGACAUCAAUCUUAGUGCCAAAACAGCGCAUCCAUCACUUUGUGUGUCUGAGGACAGGAAGCAGGUCAGGCACACAGACAAGCUUCAGGAGGUGUCAGAAAACCCCAAAAGGUUCGACCGUGUGGCCAACAUACUGGCCAAAGAGAGCUUCAUCAGUGGGAGAUAUUACUGGGAAGUAGAGGUCGGGGAGAAGAUCGAGUGGAGCAUUGGAGUUGUGAACCAAUCCAUAAAUCGAAAGGGCAAAUUUACAGUCUGCCCUGCAAACGGUUUCUUCACUUUGAGUCUUAAACCCACGGGUCAGUAUCUCGCCAACAGCUCUCCAGUCACUCAGCUUGCUGUGGAUCACAGGCCCAAAAAGGUGGGGGUGUUUCUGGACUACUCGGAGGGUCGGGUGUCCUUCUACUGCGGCGACUCUGGAGCUCACAUUUACACCUUCCACGAAGAUUUCACAGACCGAUUACAUCCGUUUUUCAGAGUGAACUUAAUUCUCAGGGCCGUCCUAUACUUAAUAUUGUUCAACGCCAAAGCGGACUUGGACAAAAUAAGACGCUAUAGUGGCAGUCUCGGGACAACAUUGACGAGGGAAAUUCAAAGGAACUCCUCCAAGGAUACUUGUCCUGGACACACUCAAGCGAGAAGCACCAUCUUCAUAACUCCAAAACGGCGAUAUCAUCAGUUUUACAAACUCAUCUCCUUGUGGAACUAA